AUGACAUACCAUGAGAGUUGUCAACAAGAUAGAGGUCAGGUGAUCUGUGUGAAAGAUGAAAUAAUCUGUGUCAAAACUGAACAGGUCCAAAUUAAAGAUGAAGAUUUAGUCUCCAAGAUUCACCAAUUUCCAGAGAACCAAAGAUAUCAAUUGGAAGCAAAAGACGCUGAGAUUGAAAGAUUAACGCAUGAACUACAUGAAACUACCAGACAAAUUCAUGAAAGAACAAGACAGUUAAAAGAGACAAACCAACAAAUACAAGAUACUGAACAAAUCAUCGCUCAACUUAAUAAGAUUGCUAGGAAAGAAACAGAAACGGAACAGAACGAUACCGAUGUCAAGCAACAAUCACACCCUGAACGAAUUCUAGGAGCCGGCACUGCCGAAACACAGGAAAUAACAGUAUCAAUUGAAGGUUCAACAACAACACCAUAUGCCACAGUUUAUGACCAAAUUGCUAUAGUAGACGACAAAGCAUAUUUCAAAGCUCACGACAAUGUUAUAUUAGAAUACAGUACAACAAGUGCGAAGUGGGCUGCACGCUAUAAUGAAAGCGUACUGGAAUCUGACAUUCCUGGAGCGUCACUCUGCGGUAGGGACCCAAGCCAGCCUAAGAUUCCAGAGUUGAAGAGGUGGCUAGUUUGUCGUGGAGGAUCUGUAAGGGGGAAUAAAGCAGACUUGGUUGCAAGAGUGAGAGACUACAUAAAGAAUGGUUGGGCUAAUCAGCUGAUCAAUCCUGAUGGUACCACUCAAGCGUGUAGUAUUCCCACCGCUUCACAGCAGAUGGUUUCAAAUGAUCAGCCGUUGGAGUGGAAUUGUAUUAAGACUUUGUACAAAGACCCAUCUGGUGUCCUCAAUUUCACUAAUGCUCAGAUUGUGACCUAUUUGUGGCUCUACUGUUUCGGACGGUCUUCAAGCAAUACAGCUACCAAUAUUUGGGUAAGGGCAGACUACCUACCCGAGAUGAAAAAGGAUCGCAUAUAUAAACUCUUGUUAUGCCUCAAUUGUCAUACUUUUGACGUUCUAAGUGCACAGUGUGGAUGCCCUGCUGGCAAAGGACUGGCUGCCAACUGCAAACAUAUAGGUGCAUUGUGCUAUGCACUCGAGAGUUUCUGUAAGCAUGGACAAUUUCCAGAUUUCCUCACUUGCACACAGAAAUUGCAAGAGUGGAACAAACCCAGAAAGAAGAAAGUGGACCCUGUACCUGUUUUGGAUAUAAAGGAACACAAUUACAAACUUAAAGGUUCAUGGGGUCACGUACCCCAACUCAGUAUGACCCCAGGCCUCCAAAUUUUCGGUUUAAAGACGCUACCGAGCAACUAAGAACUGAUCUACUCUCGUUGCCGCACUCAUAUGCUCUGACCACUCUAUUGGUUCCUUGUACCCAAAAAAUUAUGCGUGAUCAUUGUUACGCCGCCAGUGAAAUGACAGCACCAUGUAAGGAUAUCUUGUAUUCUGAACUUGUUUGCCCUUACACCGAAGAAGAAAUGAAGACAGUGUGCCCACUUAUACAAAAAGCAGUAUGAAUGUAUCCAUGCUUGAAAGGCUCAGAAUAGAAGAAGCUACUAGAUCGCAAAAUUCCUCUUCUGUCUGGUGUGUUGAACGCUCUCAGCGUAUCACUGGGUCCAAAUGUGCCUGUAUUAUUAAACAGGUAAAGAAAACCUCAUCUCUUCUUCGAAGUGUGCUGUACCCUAAACCGUUAAUGGACCCCUUACCUGCCCCUAUCAAGUGGGGACGGGAAAAUGAGAAUCGUGCUCGGCUAAUGUAUGAAAAGCAUAUGAACGCUACUGGACACCUUGGUCUGACAGUAAGACCAUGUGGAUUCAUCAUUCAUCCCUGUAA